AUGGCAAUCAAAUUGUAUAGCUUUGUCUUUGUUGCAGUCAUCCUUUCGACCUUAACAGUUGGUCAAGGAGUUGUGGCCUUUCCUUUGGAACAUACCAAUAGGUUCUUCAAUCAACUUUUAUUUUACUCUAGUACCUUUUUGCUCAUCCUCCUUUAUCUUCUACACAGUCCUAGAUCAGUUGGCAGACAUCUUGGAUCUAUACUGAAAGAUUCGAGGAUCUUGGUACGAGAUGCCCCUGAGAAGAUAGUGCCAGUGGUUGAGAAACCCAAAAUGGUACCAGCAAAGGAUCCUACUCAUCCAAUUCAUCAUCGUCGCGUCGAGCCAGAAAAGAUUCCCGCUGAAAAACCAAAGCCCGUAGCAGCAAAGAAUCCUACCAAUCCAAUUCAUCAUCGCCGAGCCGAACCAGCAAAGAUUCCCGCUGAAAAGCCAAAGCCCGUACCAGCAAAGAAUCCUACCAAUCCAAUUCAUCAUCGCCGUGCAGAACCAGCAAAGAUCCCUGCACCUGUGGUUGAAAAGCCAAAGCCUGUACCAGCAAAGAAUCCUACUAAUCCAAUUCAUCAUCGCCGAGCCGAGCCAGCAAAGAUUCCCGCUGAAAAGCCAAAGCCCGUACCAGUAAAGAAUCCUACUAAUCCAAUCCAUCAUCGUCGAGCUGAACACCACAAAGAUCCUUUACCAUUAAUUGACAAACCUAAACCUUUAGCUGAAGUACCGAUUCCUGCUCCUCAUCUAUUGUUAUGA